CUCCUGGUUCAUAGGUCGAUGCUCAACCACUGAACCACACCUGCUGGUCAAACACGACUAUUUUAUAUACAUUGUUCUGCGACUGCUUUUCCCCCCCUCAGCAUAUCAGCUUAUAAGUUCUGCCUGAUUUCCAUGACUGAAUAGUAUUCCAUUCAUAUGGUGAUAUUACUUAACCAGCCUCCAACUAGUAGGCAGUUAAAGUGUUUCCAGUUUUUUGCCAUUAUAAUCCCACCACCUUUUGGUGUAUAGGACGACACUCUAACCAACUGAGCCACCCGGCCAGGGCUAAAUUUUGAUAGAUAGUGACAAACUGCCAUCCAAAGAGGCUGCCUAGCUUAUUCUCCCAACAGCAAGCAUAUCAGAGCACCCAUUUUGCAUUUUGCCCGUCUGAAUUUCAGAGUUGUUUUAAUUCACAUUUCUUUAAUUACGAGUUACAUCAAGCAUCCAUGCAUACAUCUGUGAGCAAAGCCAUGGUGUUGGAUGAGCAGUGUAUGUUUCCUGCUGUAGGUCUGGGUGCCUCCGUGGCGAUUCUAACUUAAUUCAGCCUUUCGGAUCCAGGUCACCCCUCCACCCCAGUUGAGACCCAGUGCUCUGAGGUUACUUGGCUUAACAAAAACGUUCCUGUCCCCCCGCAUCAGCUGCCCUGGGGUUUGAGAUGACCAGUUAAUAAUGCUGCACUUUAUUAACUCCACUUGGGGCAUCUGUUUUGACAGGCACCCUGGUAGCUAAUGUCAGAAGAAAGUGACUCUCUGAGAACUAGCCCUUCUGUGGCCUCACUUUCCGAAAAUGAGCUGCCACCAGCACCCAAGCCUCCUGGCUAUGUGUGCUCGCUGACGGAAGAACUGGUCACCAAGGCCAGGGAAGAGCUGCAGGAGAAGCCGGAAUGGAGACUUCGAGACGUGCAGGCCCUCCGUGACAUGGUGCGGAAGGAGUUCCCGAACCUGCGCACCUCUCUGGACGAUGCCUUCCUGCUGCGCUUCCUCCGAGCCCGCAAGUUUGAUUAUGACCGGGCCCUGCAGCUCCUGAUCAACUACCACAGCUGUAGGAGAAGUUGGCCUGAAGUCUUCCAUAACCUGAAGCCGUCGGCCUUAAAAGAUGUCCUCGCUUCCGGAUUCCUCACCGUGCUGCCCCACACAGACCCGCGGGGCUGCCAUAUCCUCUGCAUCCGCCCAGACAGAUGGAUACCGAGCAACUAUCCAAUUACCGAAAACAUCCGAGUCAUAUACUUGACAUUAGAAAAGCUCAUUCAGUCUGAAGAAACCCAAGUGAAUGGAAUUGUAAUUCUUGCAGACUACAAAGGAGUGAGCUUAUCAAAAGCAUCUCACUUUGGCCCUUUUAUAGCCAAAAAGGUGAUUGGCAUCCUUCAGGAUGGCUUCCCCAUUCGGAUAAAAGCGGUCCAUAUCGUGAAUGAACCUCGAAUAUUUAAAGGCAUUUUUGCCAUCAUAAAACCAUUUCUGAAGGAGAAAAUAGCAAACAGAAGGAGCGCGCACUCUGCCCCAGAGACAAAGCCCAGGCCCUACAGUGGGUCUUGUGUGUUGGUGAUGACUCAGCUGAGAAACACUCCUGCAGGAUGUCCAUACAUUCUCUGUUGGCUUCUGAUGACUCGACAGGUAAGUACUCACAUUGCAACAUCGCUCUUCAGGUCAGCCUUCCCGGAGGAACCUGUGGAGCUUAAGCUCUGUCUGUUUCUCACAUCUGGAAAAAUGGAGCUAAUGGCUCCAACCCUUCUCACCCUAUAGUAGUGUUACAAGGUAGUUAGGAUGCACUUUAUAAGCCACUGGAGUUACUGUCUAUGUUAUGAGUCAGCAUUUUCUUGUUUCUUUUCUAAAAUACCUUAGUUUCCCUACUGCCCACUCUUUACAUAGUACUGGUUUGGCAUUCCUAUAAUAAAUGGCAGCAAAUGUUUCACAUUAUUGCAUUUAUAGUUGAGUAAUAAAAUCAUUUAAGGUGCCACUUUACUAGGAAAAAAUGUUUUUAACUAAAUGUUCACCCUCUUACCUGAUAAGGUGCCAGCCAUUAGGGAUACAGUGACCUAGUAAGAUACUAGCUACUGCCUUAGCGGAUUACUAACUUUCCUUUAUUAAUGAUGGGUAAGCUUAGAGAGCCAGCUGACUCCCCUGUAGGUCCAAGCAGUCUCUAGUUUAUCUUGUCUCCUACAUCCUAGUAGGCCAAGGGACAAUGGGGCCUAACCGAAGAAAACUAAGUCAGCCUGGGGUUUGUUUCUGUGUAACUGAGGGCAGAGCACUAAGUUCUCUAAGCGUUGGUUUGACCUAGAAAAGAGAGAAUCACCACCACCUUGCAGGGGUGUGGACAAUGCCUGUUCAUUGCUUGGUACAUGUAGGUAUUUAUGUGGUAGUCAUGACUGUUCUUCACCCGAGGUUACAGGCAUCGCAUGGUGAGUCACCCAGCAGGACUUAGAACAUCACUGAGUAGGUAACACAAUGGAUACAAUAGACCAACACAAAGGAGUAAAGAGAUGAAGUGCUGCUCCCGUUAGUAAGCACAAGCCUGGUAUGUGCCAUCCAUCUGCAAAGAUCAAAUGCAUGACUCAUAUUACUGAAUACUCAUUUUAGCUUAAUGUGUAAAAAGAAAAAUACAGCCAAGCAAGGACUUGGACCAAAAAGCUGUCCUGGUUUAAAUUCAGCCUGAGUUAGGAUUGGGUCCAGAACAUCAAAAGCACUGACAACCAGGUCCAUGGUCAUUCUUUGGCAGUACCUUUGGUUGUCAAGAGAAAGUUUUAUUUCCCAGCGAAAUGAGGACCUUGUAACAACCACCUAGAAAGUAAAUAGCCAGGAUGGGCCUACAAGCUUUCUCCCAGAUGUAACUAGGUCUCCCAGAUGUUGCCUUUGAUGAAUCCCUACAGCAUACUGCGGACCUCAAAGCCAGGGCCUGAUCGGUAGUCCUGGGAGACAGACAGAGAUGGGGCUGUGAGUGGUGAUGAAACACUGGGCGACUCAUUGGGGUGAGAUGACACCAUGAGGUCUGACGAUUCAGAAUACCCCCCUGCUUUACAGUCUGACCGUGGGCUUAGGUAAGAUGCCGAUGUCUAUGCUUGUUUGUGAUUCAGCACUCACGUGUGUAAUCACUUCAAUCUUGGCUAAACUACUGGGCUUCCAACUUAAAACCAUGCACAGCAGGGACACUGCCCCCUAAUUUUUAAAGAUAAUUUGUUAUUUUAAAUUAAAUAUCAAAGUUUCUAUCGUGAUAAAAAAUUUAAAAACUUUAUUGGACUUUAUUAAACCUAUGUUACAGUUUAUUGCUUUUAUUUUGAAUUAUAUAAGGUGGGGAAGGAGGUGUACCAUGUUUCUAAAGUUUAGGACCUUUAAUGGGUUUAAUCUGGGUGGCCCUGCUGUUAAGGAAAGUGGGGUAUCUGCUUUACACUGGAAAAGGGCUAAACCUGCCCUGUCUGCCCCCCAAAUCCUUUACAACCUUAUCUCUGUA